GGAAUUGGAAUGUUCCCAAUUAAAUUUUCCUAUAAUACAAGGUAUUCACAUAUUCGCAUUGACUUAAAUAUCUUUCUUCAAAAGCAAAAAAAAAAAAAAAAAAAAAAAAAACCUCUAUACAACCCCAAAGCCUUUCUCUCCCCUUUUCGUCCUGUUUCUCUCUCUAUCUCUCCCUCUCAUUAUCUGUGUUUGCUUAUUUUAUCAAAUUUUUUUUGCUUAUUUAUCAAAUCUUUUAUUGAAGAGGGGAUUUUUGGCUGAUAUUCAAGUUGGCUGAUCACACGAUAGGAUUCUGAUUUCUUAUCAACUCUUAACUUUUCUUAAGAUAUAUGGUGUUUGAAGAUCUCAAUUUGUUUUUAAGUCCUCGUGCUCGGGGUGUAAAAGUUGAAGAAACACAAGUUUUCAAUCUAGGAUUUAUAAUUGUCACUAGUUUUGGUUCUAUGCAUAGAUCAAGAGCAGGGUCAUUUGGCUGAGAUAUGUAAGGAAUGGUUACCUCGGGAUUCAUGAGGAUUGUGUACCCUUGUUGGAAGCCUUCUGUUGAGGGUGAUAAUUCUACUAAAGAUGCAAAUGGUCGGUUUGACGGACUCCUAUGGCAUAAAGAUUUUGGGAACCAUGUGAAUGGUGAAUUCUCCAUGGCUGUCGUUCAAGCCAACACUUUGCUGGAAGACCAUAGUCAACUCGAGUCUGGUCCCAUGGGCUCAUUUGAUGAUGGUCCUCACGGGACAUUUGUGGGCGUAUAUGAUGGUCAUGGAGGUCCAGAAACAGCUAGAUUUGUCUGCAAUAAUCUUUUCAAGAACAUAAAGACUAUUCUUGGUGCAGAGUUUACCUCUCAAAAUCAAGGGAUGUCUGCUGAUGUUAUUAUGAAGGCAUUUCUGGCCACAGAAGAAGAAUUUCUUUCACUAGUAAAGGAUUUAUGGCAAGAAAAACCACAAAUUGCUUCCGUAGGUACUUGUUGCUUAGUAGGUGUAAUUUGUAGUGGAUAUCUUUAUACUGCAAAUGCAGGAGAUUCCCGUGUGGUCUUAGGAAAAUUGGAUAAGUUAGAUAAAACUGUAAAAGCCAUCCAAUUAUCUUCAGAGCAUAAUGCAAGUUUUGAAUCUGUAAGAGAAGAGUUGCAGUUGAGGCACCCUGAUGAUCCGCAGAUUGUUGUUUUAAAGCACAAAGUCUGGCGCGUUAAGGGUAUUAUACAGGUUUCAAGAUCUAUUGGUGAUGCCUAUCUAAAGAAAGCCGAGUUCAAUGCAUCACCUUUGUUAGAAAAAUUUAGGUUGCGCGAGCCAUUUGAGAAGCCAAUCAUGUUAGCUGAGCCUUCAAUAUCAGUACAAAAGAUCAUUCCCGAAGACCAGUUUCUUAUCUUUGCUUCAGAUGGAUUAUGGGAGCACCUUAGCAACCAGGAAGCGGUUGACAUCGUGAACACAAAUCCCCGACAUGGAAUCGCAAAGAAGCUAGUGAAAGCAGCACUUUGUGAGGCUGCAAAGAAAAGAGAGAUGAGAUAUUCAGAUCUUAAGAAGAUUGAUCGAGGCAUUAGAAGGCAUUUCCAUGAUGAUAUUACAGUAGUGGUUUUGUUCCUAGACUCCCACUUGAUUAGUCGAAGUACCUACAGAGGACCCUUCCUUUCAAUCAAAGGAGCCGGAUAUUCGUCUUCAGGCAUCGAUUCUUGAGGUGCAUACUGUUUCGAUAUACAUCCCCCCAUCGACCUUUUUUGUCUAAUUUCCGCUUAAGGUGGUUUUAGGAGAGAAGUAACAAACCUUUUUUUUUUUGAACUUUUAUUUAUUUUAAUCAUGUAUGAAUAUGGUGUACUUGGCCUUUAAAGGUCCUUGAGAAAAUACCAGAAACGCCAUAUGAAGAUACAAACUUCGCAAGGAAAAGCCAUUGCGGUUUGCUGGGAACAACUAUUGUAUGAAAUUUUGUUUAUAGUAUUAGAGAGUAGAUACUAGAUACUAUUAGAAGACGGGUAAAAAAUUUUGGAGUAUGCUUUCACUGAGGAUAUGUAAAUUUUUGAGGCUUUUAUCUAUUUGAAAUAUUUUUGAAUC